AUGCCAAUCGAAAACAAAGUUAUCGAAAAUCUUGCAAGUUCAUUGAUUAGAGAAUAUCUCAGUAGAAAGGGACUAAAAGAAACUCUUAAAACUAUGGAUGCUGAGCUUCCCAGGCAGGAACUCAGUAUAAAUAAUCGGAUUACCCUUGCAAGAGAAAUGCAUCUUGAGGGACUACUGAAGAAAAACAAGGUUUAUUUUUGUUAUAUGGGCGAAUUCUUGAAAGAUUUAUCUAAUAAUAUAAUCGAUGUAUUGUGCCAGGAGCAGCCAUUAUCUACCAUGAUUGAAGUUAUUGUUAAGCAUAUCAAAGAAACCAGUAGACCUAGGACUAGGAGCUCUGGAAGAAGCCUUAGCUUCUCGGAAGACAAAAAUGAAGUUUUUACUAAAGUAACAAAACCUGUAAUUGACGAUAGCACUAGCAAUAAUGGAAAUGUCGACAAUGAUAUAGAAACUAUCGAAUUAGAAGAUCAACUAGAGCAUAGUUCUCCAACACUAUCACCGAGAAUACAACAGCAGCACGAUUCAACUCGACAAACUCCGAUUACCUUGAAUAUUGCAACAGCAUUGAAAGAAAUCAUUUUUGGUAAAGGUACAGGCUUAUUUAAUUACGAAUGGAGAAUUCAAAGCUUUCUAUUUAGCGAUGUCGAGGGUAUUCAAUAUGGUAUAGUGCAGAAAAAGGGUGGCCCAUGUGGAAUCUUAGCUGCUUUGCAAGCAUUUUUCUUGAAGCAUCUCCUUUUCACAAAUCCUGAAAAUCAAAAUAUAGCUAAAAGUCAAAUCGCUAACGUAACUGAAAGUAUGCAACAAGAGAGUCUUGUACUUGCUAUAGCUGAAACCCUUUGGAAAGCUGGCAACUGCCGACGAUCCGUUGUAGCGCUGUUACAAAGCUCAGUCCAUUUUAAAGGCAAUUCCCAGUUUCGCCUUGAUCAGUUAACUGAAAAGUUUCAAAAUCCAAAAGGAAAUGGAUGCAUACUGUAUUUAUAUUCCUUGAUAUUAAGCAGAACAGUUGAAGGAGUUAAGGAAGAUAUGGAUGACCCAAACUGCAAAUUAAUGGGCGCCUACAACUAUUGCUCGCAGGAAAUUGUCAACCUAAUCGUUACUGGUAAAGCAACUUCAAAUACCUUUGAUGGCAUUAUUGAAUUAACGGGGAAUGAAGGAGAUAAGUGUCAACUAACUGGACUAAAAUCACAAAGUCAGAUUGGAUUACUAUCAUUAUUAGAACAUUACGAAUCGUGCAAGGUCGGAAAUUAUUUUAAAUCGCCUGAGUAUCCAAUAUGGGUAGUUUAUAGUGAAAGUCAUUAUAGUGUUGUUUUCUCAUUAAACAGAAAAAUACUCGAUCUCAGUGAUGUACCGAAAACUUUUGACCUUUAUUACUACGAUGGUCUGGGAAAUCAAGAUGAAGAAAUAAGGCUGACUGUGGAUCCAUAUCAGCAAGUUACGGUCAAUGAAAAGGACCUCAUCCCACCGUUAGAUUUAUGUAUUAGGACGAGCCUUUAUACUCUUAACGCUUAA